CACAAGCAGUCAGGCGAGGCGGGAGAGUGUGAAGACCCAAAUUACUGAGAUACGAGGCUGGAAGUGACAAUCUGUGUGUUCCUUGACGGCUUUGUGUUGAUGUGACGGUGGUGUGCUGUGGCGAGUACUGGCGUGAUGUGGCCUCAGUGUCGUGCGUGAUGUACUCCCAAAGACAAACUGACCCAAGCAACACGAAACAUUGAUACUUUGUGAGAGAAUAAAGAAAAAAACCUGACGUGCUUUCCUGUAUUACUGAUCAGAAACAAAUGUCGUCGAGGUUUACUGUAUUCUGAAACACUGCAUCACACUUCUACUACUUUCAAAAGGCUCUAGUUGAAAUGACACGAGUUUUAAGGAUGUUUUCAUAUCUCUAGUGACAUAUUAACAAGACUUCUACAUAUUAACAGGAGAAACACUCGUGAAAACCCGGCUAAUCAUCUCAGUAUCUUCAGAAACAGCGUGGUGAGAGACCCAAGCAUUUCUGAAUACAACCCUUAGAAAAGAGGGCGUGUAUUGCCAGAUGUGGGUGCGAGGUGCGCUGGUGUGUGCGGCGCUGACGGUGGCGGUGGUCGGGCAGGAGGACCGUCAGGCAGCGCCCCGCCCCACGCCGCGCCAGUAUGAUCCGUUAGAGCUGUGCUCCGGCGGGUUCAGCGUACGCAAGGCUGACCCCUCCACUGCCACCAUCACCUCGCCGCCCUCCAAGCUCAAGUUCCAGGAUGUGCUGACUAACCUCGGCGGCUGGUCUGCUAGCGAGAGUGACUUCCAGGCCCCGUGUUCUGGCGCCUACUUCUUCACCUUCCACGCCCUGUCAAGGAACCAAGGGGACUUUACCCUGGCACUUAUGAAGGAGGGCAAGUAUCAAGUCACGGCUUACGGCAGCACAUUUGACUACCAGCAAGGGUCAAACUCAGCCCUGAUCUUCCUUAACGCCGGGGAAAGAGUGCACCUUGAGCUGCAGGACGGAAGUCUGUACGAACACCCCUACGAUGAGGCGUACACCACCUUCUCUGGGUUCCUCGUCGAGCAGUUUUAGAAGGAAAUGAAGAAUAUCGAGAAACUGCUGUGAAUAGAUCAAUGACUAUGUAUUUUUGUGUUUAUUUAUUUUUCGGGGAUUGACUGGUUUUGACUAUGAGAUGAAUUGAUUCCCGCUCCCUCUUUUUCACUCACUCUUCCUAACUCGUCAGAAAUGUCCCGGUGUUCAUUAUUCCCUUCACUUGCUUCUUAACCCCUUCAGUUCUGGGACACUAUUUUACCUUGAGAUUUGUGUACGAUUAGGCCAUUUUAUUGACAUUAGGAAGGGUUUAUGGAGGUCAGAAGAUUAAUGGCAACAAUCUUCACUAUUUUAAUCCCCACAUGAAUUUUUGAAGCUGUAUAAAAUCAUCAAAUAGUAAGCAAAAUGAAUAUGGAAAUGCGUCAUGGUACUGAAGAGCUUAAUAACACAGACAGGUCGAUUCUCCUUCUUAGUAAACAAUCACAGCCAGAAGCUUGUUAACGUUCUUCUCUAGCUUAACUGUUUCCUGUCAACUGUAAGGCCUGAUAAGUGAAUAGUAGCAAGGAGAUCAGAGGACGUAAGACGAAAAGAAAACGCUAAACACAUGGAAGUGAGAGCGUCAGGUUGCAACAAUUCUGGCAGUGACUGUACUUGUAAUCUCCAAAGUGAGUCCCUGCUAGGUAUGAUCCCCGGUUAGUCUGAGCCAUCCAUCCCUGCAUCGAUAUCAAGGCAUUAUUUCUGAACCACACCCGUCUCACCACGAAGGAUGCUUGUGAUAUACCAGUAACUUUAGCACAUAUAAGGUACUGUUAUUUUUUGCCUUUACAAAUUAUCUCGUUUCUAAUAGAGUAGUUUCUUCAUCUGAUCAGUCUUCAGAGCAGCCGCUAGACACUUGACACGAAGAUAAGGAAUACGUAUAAGGAUGAAAGUGAAGAAGAAUAGUAGUUAGGAGAUACAGCAUGGCCAUAUGGUAGUAUAAGCGGCAGUUAGGAGAUUGUAUACGUGGCAUUUAAGUUAAGUUAGGUUAAGAACAGUUAGGUUCACUUAAUGAUGUACACGAUAAAGGACUGUAGGGUGUUACUUGCCGUUAUUAGUAGUUGCAUCCGGCAGAGUGAGACGAGUGUGGUUCUAAGGAAAGUUUACUCAAGCAAUGUCACAACUCAACCUCACUCAUCGAUAUAAACCAUCACGUAAGCAGUAAAGAUUAAGGUAAAAAUGUUGUA